AUGAUGUCGAGCGCAAUUGCAUCAGUAUUCAGAGGAACGAUCAUCCAUUCGUUGGAGUUGGAGACUGUGCAAAUAUUACAUAACGCUGCACUUGGAGUCUCACAUUUGGGCUCCAUCGUCUUUGUUAGACCUGAUGUGGACACGGACGAUAAGUUCAAUUUAAUCCAACAAGAGUAUGGCUUUGAGAGUAACAAGGUAGUGAACCUUGGCAACAAGUUUUUGAUACCAGGUUUCAUCGACACACAUGCCCAUGCGCCACAGUACCAUAACGCCGGAACUGGUACCGACCUGCCCCUGCUCAAGUGGCUCGAGAAAUACACUUUCCCCGUCGAGUCCAAGUUCCGCGAUCUCUCAUUCGCCAAGAACGUCUACACCAAGGUUGUGGACAGGAUGCUAAAGAAUGGAACAACCACCUGCUGCUACUAUGCCACCAUUCAUCUUGAUGCCAGUCUGUUGUUGGCAGACAUUGUGACUGAGCGAGGACAAAGAGGCUUCAUUGGCAAGGUGUGCAUGGACCGACACUCACCCGAUCACUACGUCGAGACCACCGAGGACUCAAUCCGCAACACUAGACAGUUUGUCGAGCAACUACAAGCACGUGGCAACCCAUUAGUGCAACCGAUUGUCACACCAAGAUUCGCUCCAUCCUGUACCGAUAGCCUUAUGCACGACCUUGGAAAGUUGGCCCGCGAGAGGAAUACCCUCGUCCAAUCACACAUCUCUGAGAAUCUUGAUGAGGUACAAUGGGUAAAGUCACUCUAUCCGAACCUCAACUCAUAUGCCGAGGUAUACAAACACUUUGACCUGUUGACAAACAAGACGAUCAUGGCACAUUGUGUCCAUCUUUCCGAUCAGGAGUUGGACUUGUUCAAGCAGCAGGAGGCAUCUAUUGCUCAUUGUCCACAGUCAAACUUCACUCUUGGUAGUGGUGCAUUGGAUGUGCGCAAGGUACUGUCAAAGAACAUCAAGAUUGGUCUGGGCAGCGAUGUUAGCGGAGGUUACAGUGCCUCGUUGCUGAGCGCAGUCCGUGAUACGACCAAAUGCUCCAACGCCGUGUUGUUUGGCGAUCGCACUCAUAAGACUCUUGGUUACGAGGCUGCCUUUUACUUGGCCACUGUUGGUGGCAGUAAAGUAGUUUGCAUGGAGGAUAAGCUGGGCAACUUUGUUGAGGGCAAGUACUUUGAUGCCCAGGUGAUCGAUCCCUACGUCCAGGGUGGUCCAUUCGAUGUGUUUGCCGACGACACACCCAAGGACAUCUUCCAAAAGUUCAUCUUCCUUGGUGACGACAGGAACGUCAACAGUGUCUACGUCAAUGGAAAGAAGGUGAUCUAA